CAAGAAAAGCACAAAGAAUGGGCAGCAUGAGCGGUGAACUCGUAAAUCCUCCUCCUUCAUCUGGGAAGCUGAUCACAGUUCUAGGUAUCGACGGUGGAGGUGUGAGAGGCAUCAUACCCGGAACUAUCCUCGCCUUUCUUGAGUCAAAGCUUCAAGAGCUUGAUGGACCGGAUGCAAGACUUGCUGAUUACUUCGAUGUCAUCGCAGGAACGAGCACUGGAGGUCUUGUGACCGCAAUGCUCACUGCUCCAAACAAGGAUAAUCGCCCGCUCUUUGCAGCGAAGGAGAUUAAUCAGUUCUAUCUGGAGAACUGUCCGAAGAUAUUUCCUCAGAAAAACUGUGGGCUGCUAGAUUCUGCGAUGAGCUUUUUCAACGUCGUCAGAGGACCUAAAUAUGACGGAAAAUUCCUUCAUUCCAAAGUUAGGGAACUGCUUGGUGACAUGCGGAUACACCAAACUUUAACCAAUGUAGUGAUUCCCACAUUCGACAUCAAGUACCUUCAGCCCAUGAUAUUCUCCACCUAUGAUGCAAAAUAUGACGCGUUAAAGGAUGCUUUCUUGUCAGACAUCUGCAUUAGUACUUCAGCGGCUCCAACCUAUCUCCCUGGUCAUGAGUUUGAAACCACAGACUCUGAAGGGAAUACCAGGAGCUUUAAUCUCGUCGAUGGUGGUGUCGCAGCAAAUAAUCCGACUUUAUCAGCGAUGAACGUCGUCACAAGGGAGGUCUUCAAGCAGAAUCCAGACUUCUUUCCUAUCAAGCCGAUGGACUUUGGCAAAUUUCUCGUAAUCUCUCUUGGUACAGGGUCAGCAAAAAUAGAAGAGAAGUUCAGUGCUAAAGAUUCCGCGAAAUGGGGAGUUCUGGGCUGGUUAUACAACAAGGGAAGCACUCCUUUGAUCGACAUAUUCACUCAGGCAAGCGCCGACAUGGUCGAUAUCCAUGCAUCCGUUGUCUUUCAAGCGCUCCAUUCUCAAAAGAAUUAUCUUCGCAUACAGGACGAUAAACUAAUUGGGAGCACAUCGUCCGUUGAUGUAUCUACGAAGGAGAAUUUACUAAGCCUGGUUCAGAUUGGCAAAGAUUUACUCAAGAAGCCAGUGUCCAGAGUGAAUUUAGAGACCGGACAGUAUGAGCCAGUUGCCGGUGAAGGAACUAAUGAAGAAGUGCUUACUCAUUUUGCAAAGAUGCUCUCCAAAGAAAGAAAGCAGAGGAAUUCUAAAACAUACAUGUGAUAAGUCAUACUAUGAUU